UCAUCUGGAGGCUCCUCCCUCUCUCAUCACUCCCGCUGGGCGGAGCUUCGUCCAUGUGCAACUCCGCCAGUCGCUCCGCCCCUAAACACCUGCAGGCUUGAACAGGUGGACUGAGCAGUGCUGGAGCAUCCACGCCCACGUGUACGAUAGGAGGAGGGGUUAAGUUAUGGUAUAUAUGAAGAAACUUGUGAAGAUAAGCUACAGAAGACCCGUUUUCAGAACUUGUGUGGAAUCAUUUUGGAGCUGCAGAAUAUUUCAAUAGAUUUCAGAAGAGGAGAGCAAGAUUCUGGACAGUUGAAGAUUCCAGGUGGUCAGCCGCACCAAUGGGCCACCGCUUCUCCAGGCGCAGGCAGUCUGAUCUGGACACUUUGCCUCAAGGCCGAUUUUCCUUCAGCGAAGAGGCGCCUCCACGGUACUACCUCGGCCAAGGAGACCAGGACACCGUCAGAAAUGUUCAGCCGAGCAGCAGCAGUAGUGAGGUCAGCAUCGGUAUGGAGACCCCAGGACAGCAGCCGGACCGUCGGGUUACGAGGCAGGAGGGCCGGAGGCCGUCUAUCUACAGCACCAUGGAUGCAGUGCCUAACCUGGAGUUCUACGCCAACGCUACGGCUACAGGCCGGCUGAGACGUAGCAGACCAUCGCUGGAGACGCUACGCAAGGUUUUUGAGGAUGGGGAGUCGAGCAGCAAUAUGGGAGACUCAGGAACAGGAAGCCUAUCAGCAAUUCAUGAGCAGAACGAAGAGAACAGUGCAGGGGGGAAGGUCAAACAACCUGUGCGCUUUGGCUGGAUCACAGGAGUUAUGGUUCGCUGUAUGCUGAAUAUCUGGGGAGUGAUUCUGUUCCUGCGAUUGUCCUGGAUUACAUCUCAGGCAGGAAUCAUUCUCACCUGGGUUAUCAUCUUCAUGUCUGUCCUGGUAACCUCCGUUACUUGUUUAUCAGUAUCGGCCAUUUCCACCAAUGGGAAGGUCUCAUCGGGUGGAGCUUACUUUAUGAUCUCACGAACAUUGGGCCCUGAAAUGGGGGGUCCCAUUGGUGUGGUGUUCUCCUUUGCCAAUGCUCUGGGAUGUGCCCUCAACACUGUGGGAUUUGCGGAAACUGUCCGAGACCUGCUCAUUGAAUAUAAUUCUGUCAUGGUGGAUUCAAUCAACGACGUGCGCAUUAUUGGUACCAUCACGGUCACUUCUCUUCUGCUCAUCUCAUUGGCUGGAAUGGAAUGGGAGUCGAAGACCCAGAUACUCUUCUUUCUUGUGCUCAUGGUCACUUUCGCAAACUAUUUUGUGGGCACUGUUAUUCCGGCCACUCCAGAGGAACAGGCUAUGGGUUUCUUCAACUACCGAGCUGAUAUUUUUGUGGAGAAUCUGUUUCCUGACUGGAGAGGGGCAGAAGGGAAUUUCUUCCAGAUGUUUGCCAUCUUUUUCCCCUCUGCUAUUGGCAUCCUGGCAGGUGCCAACAUCUCAGGAGAUCUGAGGGAUCCAGAGACUGCUAUUCCAAAAGGAACACUUAUGGCCAUCUUUGGAACAACCAUGAGCUAUUUAUUAAUUUCUGUAACUGCAGGAGCGUGUGUGUUAAGAGAUGCCUCUGGGAACCUGAACGACAGUUUGCCGUUGAACUACUCCGGCCCUUGUGACGAUGUAGCGUGCAAGCUAGGUUGGAACUUCACUAAGUGUGAGCAGAGCCAAACUUGCCCUUUUGGAAUGUCCAACAGCUUUCAGGUGCUCAGUUUGGUCUCAGCUUUCGGUCCUCUCAUCACUGCCGGCGUUUUUGCAGCCAGUUUGUCUUCAGCCCUUGCUUUCCUAGUCUCUGCACCCAAAGUCUUCCAGUGUCUCUGCAAGGACAACAUAUACCCCUACAUAGGCUUCUUUGGUAAGGGUUAUGGGAAAAACAAUGAGCCCCUGCGUGCCUACAUCCUCUGUUACCUCAUUGCUCUGGCCUUCAUUCUGAUUGCCCAGCUGAACGUGAUCGCUCCUCUGAUCUCUAACUUCUUUCUGUGCUCCUACGCUCUCAUCAACUUCAGCUGCUUCCACGCCUCCAUCACCAACUCUCCGGGAUGGAGGCCGUCCUUUAAAUACUACAGUAAAUGGACAGCUCUGUUUGGCUCAGUCAUUUCUGUGGUGCUGAUGUUCCUCCUCACAUGGUGGGCGGCUCUCAUUACAUUCGGAAUUAUCAUCUUUCUUUUCGGCUACGUAACGUACAAAAAACCUGAGGUGAACUGGGGCUCGUCGGUCCAGGCCGGUACCUACAACAUGGCUCUGUCCUAUUCCGUCUCUCUUGCCGGUGUAGAAGACCAUGUUAAGAACUUCAGGCCACAGUGUCUGGUUCUGACCGGUCCUCCUAAUUUGCGUCCGGCUCUGGUGGACUUUGUGGGCUCCUUCACGAAGAACGUCAGUCUGAUGAUCUGUGGAGACAUUCUCAUGGACGAUGACGAGUCCGGCAUUUCCCAACGUAACACAGAUAAACUAGUGAAGUGGCUGAACUGCAGGAAGGUGCGCUCCUUCUACACUCCCUUUAAAGGAGACAACCUGCGAGAGGGAGCUCGGCAUCUCAUGCAGGCCUCUGGUCUGGGAAAAAUGAAGCCCAAUACUCUGGUCCUGGGAUUCAAGACGAACUGGAAAGAGUGCCCCCCAGGCAGUGUGGAGGACUAUGUGAACACAGUGUAUGAUACUUUUGAUGCCAACUACGGAGUGUGUAUUCUCAGGAUGAUGGACGGGCUGGACGUUACAGAGGAGUUACAGUGUGAAGCAAACCUGGCUUUCGAGGCUGAUGAGGCAAUCGAGUCGGACCACAGCGGCAGUUCAGACAGAGAAUCAGAUGUCGAUAUCCCAAACCACACAAUAAACAAUGACAUCCGAACCGUGUUCCAGACCAAACAAGGGAAGAAGACUAUUGAUGUGUACUGGAUCUCAGAUGAUGGAGGUCUGACGCUGUUGGUGCCGUAUCUGCUGACCAGGAGGAAGCGCUGGAGGAAGAGUAAAGUCCGAGUCUUCAUCAUAGGCCAGCAGCAGACCAUGGAGGAAGAGCGCAAAGAGAUGCUGGUUUUACUGCGGAGGUUUCGACUGGACGUCGGUGAUGUUAUAGUGAUGACAGACAGCCAGCGGCCGCCUUUUCCCAAGAACUUGAAGCGCUUCGAGGACUCGGUCGCCGCCUUCAGGCUCAGAGAAGGACAGCAGCAGGGAGACGGGUCAGUUCAGCAGCAGCAGCAGCAGCAGCAAAGGACAGAGGGCCCUUGGAAGAUUUCAGACAAGCAGAUGGAUGCACUCAGACUGAAGUCGGAGAGAAAGGUUAGACUGAAUGAGAUCAUCCGGAGGAAUUCCAAACACGCUGCUCUGGUCUUAAUUUCAUUACCAGUCCCUCAGAGUGACUGUCCCAGUUCGCUCUACAUGGCCUGGCUGGACACCCUGAGCUGUGGACUGCACUGCCCUGUCCUUCUGAUCAGAGGAAACCAGCAGAACGUCCUCACCUUCUACUGCCAGUAACACAAUCAUCCACAAUCAGGAAAUGUUUCUGAUCUAUUCAAACAUUUACCCAGACAUAAAUCUGUCAUAAAAUAUAUAUGCACAUAUCAAAACUGAGAUUUAAAAAUGAUCAUAAACUGGACAUACUAUAGUGACUAUAUUGCCAAAAAAAUGUGCUUAUCCAUCCAAAUCACUGAACUCAGGUGUUCCUGAAUCUAUUCCAUGUCCACAGGUGUUUAAUAAUAAAAGCAGCAGCUCGGCAUGCUGGGACUGCUUCUGCAAAACAUUAGUGAAAGAAUGGGUCUCUCAGGCGCUCAGGGAACUCCAGCACUGUGGUACCGUGAUAGGAUGCAGCAUCUGUGCAACAACAAGUCCAGCUGUGAAAUAUUCCACAGCCAACUGUCAGUGAUAUUAUAACUAUAUAUUUUCACUACACACCUCCAACCUUAUGUAGAUUCAUCUUAGAUCAAGAACAGUAGAGAGUAGAGAGACUUAUGGAAUGGAGAGUAUACACGGCCGAGCAGCUCCAUCCAAACCUCUCAUCACCAAACACAAUAAAGCCAAGCGAAUACUAUUUGCAAUAUAAUGUAUUUGCAGUCACUGUCCAAUGAAAAACAAGUUUAUACAAAUAAUCCAGAACAACCUGAAAUAAACUCUUUUUACAUCGACUUCCAUUGAAAGUUAACAAGGUUUUAUCUCUAUCUUUAUCUAUAUCUUUAUGUUUUACCUGAAAAUGACAACUUAGUAUCUUGAACAAAAUGCCAUCUGAUAACGCAAUUUACUGAAUGAGGAAAAAAAUGCCAAAAAUGUUUUAUCUGAUAGAAUUCAGUUCAGUUAGGCAGGAUGCACCCAACGAUUUUGUACAGAUGUAUCUUCAGUAAAAUCACCAACAUGUUUUAAGGACAUAUGUGUUAUAUUUACUACACUUUGUAAAGUAUUGUAAGUAAAAUAAAUGAAUUAAUUAUUUGCCUAUUAUGAUUUUACAUUCAAAUAAAAUGGGUUGGUUUGCCUGCCA